AUGGAAGAACACUAUGGUAAAUUCCUCGAGCUUUUUAAGCAACUUCAUAUAAAUUUACCAUUUGUCGAGGCACUUGCUCAAAUGCCCAUGUAUGCCAAGUUUCUGAAGGAUAUCCUAUCCAACAAAAAGAAACUUGAGGAGCUUUCGCAGGUGACCUUGAAUGAAGAGUGUUCAGCAGUUCUUCAGAACAAACUACCGAAGAAGAUGAAUGAUCCUGGGAGUUUCACUAUCCCGUGUUUGAUCGGUAGUUUGUCGGUCAGCAAUGCAUUGGCUGAUCUUGGAGCUAGAAUAAACCUCAUGCCAUAUGCGGUUUUUGCUAAGCUAGACUUGGGAGAGCCCAAGCCGACUCGUAUGAGCAUUCAGCUAGCCGACCGUUCAGUGAAGUACCCUCGAGGCAUAGUUGAGAAUAUGCUGGUGAAAAUCGACAAGUUUGUCUUUCCUGUCGAUUUCGUGAUUCUGGACAUGGAUGAGGAUAAAAACGUUCCACUUAUCUUAGGUCGCCCAUUCCUAGCCACUACGAGAGCCUUGAUUGAUGUCUGCACCGGUAGACUUACUCUUAGGGUUGAUGAUGAGGAGGUUACCUUUGAUAUAGGGAAAUCCAUGCAACACUCACAAAGUCGGGAUGAUACACUCUACUUCAUUGAGACUAUCGAUACGUAUGUGAGUGAUCAUCUUCAUGCUACAUUCGAGGAGGAUGUUGUGGACACACAGCUGCUAGGAGGGGAGACUUUUGGUUCGCCCCGUGUGGACCGAUUAGUUGAGGAGGUGACCUGUCUGAUAGGUCACGCGUCUCCCCCGUGUCCCGAGGUUUUUGAGGUUAUGGAUCGCGUUACUGAGCCUAAAGCGCGCCUUUCUAUUGAGGAUCCACCUUCGGUUGAGCUUAAGGAGCUCCCAGAUCAUUUGGAGUAUGCUUUCUUGGAGGGUGAGACUCAUCUGCCCGUUAUCAUUUCUGCCAUAUUGUCGAAGGAAGAGAAGGAUCGAUUGCUUGAAGUCCUGAAGCAGCAUAAGAAGGCGAUUACUUGGAAGAUUAUGGAUAUAAAAGGGAUCAACCCAUCCUUUUGUACCCAAAAGAUCUUGAUGGAGGAGGACUUUAAACCUGUAGUACAGCAUCAGGGGCGUUUGAACCCCAACAUGCAGGAGGUUGUGAAGAAGAGGUCAUCAAACUACUUGAUGCAGGUUUGA